AAAUCACAGAAAUUGACGCGCGGUGAGAAUAGCGUUGCUAAAAUUUUGGACUCAGCGUAAACGUUAUUGUUAUCAAAUUACCCAGUACCUUUCUCACUUUAAUGGCGUAGUGAGUGAUGUGAUGUUAAUUCCAUAAAAAGUCAUAGUUACCUUUGACGUCCUAAUAUUUAGCGUCGUAAAGCUCGUCAGCGGUAUGGUGAUAGAAAAAGUGCAUGGUCUUCAGACCACAAGCCUGAGCCUGAAUGAGCGUUUCACUAUGCUGGCAAAUGCAUCUCCUGCCCUGAUGGUCAGGAGGCCUCGGCGCCGACCAAGCGUCGGUUCGUACUUCAACCAAAAUAAUAACUUCAGGAACCGUAACCUCAUGGAGCAGAUUGCCCGGCGUUUGGAAAUGCAAGCGAAAAGACAAGCAGUGAAGCAGCGGCUGGGGAAUCUGAGACGUUUUGGCAGUGAAAGCAGCCUUCCUGGUCUCCGUCGCUCAAACAGCUUCGGGAACUUAAGCCAGAGUAGCUUCAAGAGCAGGCUCAAUUGGAGGCAGUCUAAUGGCAAUUUGAGUAGGGCGGCAUCAUUCGGCAACUUGUCGACGGGCGCGUGGCGCGGGCUGUGGCGUCGAGGAGGGUCGCCACGGAUACUGAGGGGACGGUUCAGGGGCGGUCGUCAGCCAUCAGGGCGUAUUACCCGCGUCCCGCAGCGGGGACACCGGGGACGCAGUCGAGGCCGCGCGCGGGGACAACGGGCACAGCCGCGGGGACAGCGGGGCGGCGCUACGGGACAGCGGGGACAGCGGGGCGGCGCCAGGGGAGGGAACAGAGGAGCCAAUACGGGGCAGGCGCCGAGAAGGGGUCGCAGCCAAAGCCAGAAACCAGUACCGAGUCGUGAAGAAUUAGACUUACAAUUGGAACAAUACAUGGCCGGCACUCGAGCCGCCCUCGACCGAGACUUAGAUCAAUACAUGAACAACGCUAUGCAAGUCGAGGAAGAAUCUUGGGAUUGAUUGAUUGGUUUCAGAAGAAACGACCACAAACGAAACUGCAGUACAUAGCGACCACAACUACUACAUAAACCGCUUAUGGACCAAUGAACAACCAUCGAGACAAGUUAUGGCAUCCACAACACGGUAUCCGGAUCAAGAAAGUUUACGGAUCAACAAAAAACAAAAAUCAAAAAUCAACAGUGACAGUGUUUAUACUGCUGAAUAAGUGUCUUUUGUGUCGAAACAGUGCUUAGUUAUUAGAUAAAGUGAUAUUAAUAUUACCUUCAAACAUCGACAAUACUGCAGUUUUAAGACUUUUGUAUUGAGCGUUUAUCAGUACAUGAAUAAUGUCAGAGACUUCAAAUAUGAAUAAUUAUGGGUUCACGGUUUAAUAUGCUUCAUUAUGGCUACUUAUCUGAUAGUGAUCACAGACCAUUAAGAUUAUUACAGGAUGAGCUGGCGAACGAAACGGUAUUUUUGUUUUUUCUUUUUAUUAAUUGUAAUUUGCGAUCAGUGCGUGCCAAUAUAAGCAACUGUGUUGGAUUAACAUUGGAAAUUGAAACGGUAUAAUUACGUAAAAUUAAAUUAUACAGGAGCUGUAUAAAACUGAAUGACAUACCUGCAGUAAGCUUUUGGCAUUGUUAUUGCUUUAUUGAUUAUAAUAAAAUUAGUUAUUUUAACACUGUUUUAGGCGGUUUUGAUUGUUUAAAAUUAUUGAGCUUCAAAUUCUUGGCAGAAUUUUCACGUAAUGAGAUGCAGCCAUAUUCACCAAAAAUUGAAUUGAGAAUCAAAUUCAACGGGCCCGUAACAACAAACAGAUUCAGAAUUAUACUGUUUUGUAAGCCAGCUCCUCAGUUUAUAUAUCCAGACUUGUGUGUUGUGUGUAGUCAACACAUAAAAAGACAGGAAUUUAAGUAUAAUAUGUCCCUAAUAGGCUAUUUGACAGAAUGAAAAUUAAAGUACCAAUAGGGUAGUUGACAAGUUUUAGAAAACGAUCU